AUGCUGCCCGCCGAGGCGGCGCCGGCGGCGGCGCCGCCGGCGCCGGCGAGCGCGCCGCGCGAGCGCAAACCGGGAGAGAUCUCGCCGGAGAUGCGGAAAAAGUUGCUGGGCGAGAGCGUCGGGCUGGGAGGAUUGCCGGAGAAGCCGAUGCCGUCGAACAUUUUCUUGAACGUCAUACUGGGGGUGACGCUGAUCGUGGUGGUGGCGUACGCGGGGGGGAUCCGGCCGUGA